GCUAGGCAUGCCGACCAGUUCACAGUCAAUCUCCAGUACGUCAGGGGUUGGCACUAGUCAAAUGGCGGGCUCGCAGUUCAGCUCGCCGCCUCCACGCACUCGGGAGCAGAUGGAGCUCCAACAAGUAGAGAGGAUCCGCUUAAGAUUAGAGGAGGAACUUAGACAAGCUACUAAGAGAGAGAAAGAGAUCAAAGAGAGAAGUGUCAGACUAGAGAGUAGGGAGGCAGACAUGGCUGCGCUAGAGGCAUUAGAUGACACUGCCCUAAACACUACAGGAAAGAUCCUGAAGGCAAGCAUCCUCUCCAUGCAUGCGUACAUAGACAACAAGAUGGACGCAAUGCAGGAUACUCUAGACCAGAUUCUGCAAGCGUUGCAUAAGCCAGGAAUCCGGCCAGCAACUUUACCAUCGCUGCCACUUUCAGCGAUGACAGGCCUUUAUGCCGCUCAGUCAGGACCACCACCAAGUGUUUCAUCAACAGUAGCACUAUCUCAGACUGUUGCUUCUUCAUCUUCUGGUCCAGCGACUGUUGCUACACCACAGUCGCCACCUGUCUCGCAAGCGGGACAGCAAUACCUUUGGUAUCCCAAGACCCCACUGAACCCACCUGCAACCUUCUCAGGAGACGAGAAGAAUGAGGCUCUCGACACAUGGUUGAGAACGGUGCCAGUGUGGGUGAGGGUCAAAAGGACAUUGGUAGAAGAGGAGGUGAUUACUGUUGCAUCCUACUUAGAGGGUUCAGCAGCCCGUUGGCUAAACGGAUUGGUAGCUUCAAAGGGCUUCGGCAGGAAUAUGCAUGAUUGGGCGCAGACCCACACAUUAGAAAGCUUUAUGGACUUAGUGGAGCCUCAUUGGCACAACCCUCAGCAGGCACAGAUUGCCACUGAUGGGCUCUUGAAACUUGAUACUAAAAAGUACAAGUCUGUGCGGGAACUCACCACAGUCGUAGAGCGCCUGAUCGUCGUCCCGGGAGUGGAGUACAAUUCACAGGUCUUGCUGACCAUGUUCCUUAGAUGUCUUCCCACAGACAUUAGGAAUUUAUUAGCCAGCGAGGCUCGGAGAGAGUAUCACACCUUUGAGUCAUUCAGCAAGAAGGCCCUAGACUUAGAGGCUACGUUGGGUGGAGCUCAAACCCCUUCUACGGAUGGGAGAAAGAAGAAGACUCCACAAGAGUGGAAGAAGAAGGGUAGUCGAUUGAUGAUGGUUGAUUCUGAUAGGAAUCGAACCGAGAUCGAUGAUGUUUCCGAUCUUGUGGAGGGUUCAAAGUUUGACAGCGAGGAGAGUGUUGAGGGUAGCAACCUCGCCGCCAUAGUUAAGACUAAGGCAGCUGGCCGCGGCAAGGGCGGUCAACAAAGGAGUUAGGGGCAGGCCGCUAACCCAAACAAAAUAGCUGCUUGGGU